UUUGUCUUUCUAAUUAAUGAAUAAAUAAAGUUGAAAGGUCUAAACAUGUAAAUCACAUGAUCAAUUAACGAGAUUCAAAAUGGAGUAGCCGGCGGGAAGUAGAACUGUAAUUCUAUAUUUUGGUAAAGUGAGGAACACAAACAACAUUGAACAAUGAGUGAGUUUAAGGUUCACCACAGUGUCAGUGAGCUAAUGUCACUUCUUGGAGUGAAAUCUGGGGAAGUUGGUGCUGAGGUAUACACAGAUAUGCUCCUGAAGAAUAUGACUCCAUAUGUGACAACACAGGUUUCUGCUCAUAAUGCUAAGAGGAAAAUUGCAGAGCACACCCAGAGUCCAGAAGAAUUCCUGCAGAAAUAUGAUGAACUUAAAGCCAAAAACAUAAGAGACCUUGAUUCCUUGGUGUUUUUACUGUCCAAAUUAUCUGAUGAUGAAAAGACAAAAUCUUUUCUUGAGAAAAAUGCACUGGACCGAGCUGCUGCCUCAGGAACAACCUUGUCCUCCCACAGUAAUGUUCUGUCACAGCUUCCUGCUUCUGGCUCCAAAAUAACACAAGAGGAGCUGUCCCAGUUGCGAGAUAAGUUGUUGAGAGAAGCCAGCAGUACAGCCAGUCAUGUAGGUUCAGAUGUUUUGAGGAAAGUGAUGAGGGACAAGCAUGCCACUAGAAAUGUCCAGUUGCCUCCUCAGCCAGACUGGCUUUUCCAGAGGCCACACUUAACCCUGGACUUUGUGGUGGGAAGUCAAGGGCAAGGAGAUGGUAAUGUGGUCAGUUUAGGCACUCUCCCAGCAGCUCUACAAGAGCAAGCUGUCAUAGAAGAUUUGUUUUUCUGCAUGGAGGGCAUUGAAGGCAAAUAUAUCCAUGCUCUUACGCUGAAAGAUAGAUAUGGGCCAAGGGAGUUUACCAUUGACCAGAGUUUAGAUCCGUCCUUGAGAGAGUUGGUCCGGCGUAUUCUGCCAACGUGUUCCAAUUACUCCACAGUGAUACGAUUUGUAGAAGUUACACCUUAUCACCUUCAGCAGACUUUGGGGAGCAGCCGCUUGCUCCAUUCUCAAUGGAAUGAGCCCUUGAGUCGACAUCUUCCAACCCCAUUCCUGAGGGAUAAGAUCUCUCCCACACCAAGCUUGCACCUGAUGGGUGAGCUGACUUUGCAAAAAUACUGGUUUUACAUUCAACCCACCAUGAGAACUCUGGAAAUCCUUGCCUCUGUGGCAAAUGCUGUCAAUAAGGGUGAAUGCAUUGGAGGUGCUGUGCUCAGUCUGCUACAUGAGAAAACUUCCAGUCUUAUAGGAGAUGUCAAGGGCCAGGAGCUGUGUCUGUACCUGACCCAGGCAGCAUGUGUUCCCUACCUGGAGAUCCUAGAGAAGUGGAUUUACAAAGGAAUUGUCUGUGAUCCAUAUGCAGAGUUUCUUGUUGAGGAGAAUGAGACAAUGUCCAAGGAAAAAUUGCAAGAGGAUUUUAACGAUGCAUAUUGGGACCAGCACUAUUCAAUACGCCGAGAAAGAAUUCCUGUGUUUCUGGAACAAGUAGCUGAUAAAAUCCUCAACACAGGAAAAUACUUAAAUGUUGUUCGUCUUUGUGGCAGGGAUGUAAAGUGCCCCAAUGCUGAGGAGAUAGUGUAUACCAUAAAGGAGCGUCAGUAUGUGGAACACAUUGAGAGAGCUUAUGCCUUUGCCAGUAAAGUGUUACUGGAGUUGCUGAUGGAAGAAAAGGAGCUCAUGGGAAGGUUGAGGUCAUUGAAGCACUAUUUCCUGCUGGACCAGGGAGACUUCAUUGGUCAGCUGAUGGACAUGACAGAGGAGGAGCUUAAGAAAACCAUUGAUGAGAUCAUGCCUGGACGUCUGGAGACCCUGCUAGAGUUGGCUCUACGGACCAGCACUGCCAAUGCAGACCCAUAUAAAGAUGACCUCCGUGUGGACUUGCUGCCUUAUGAUCUCAUUACACAGAUGUUCAAGAUUUUGACCAUCGAUACCAAAUUAGAAAAAGACUACAGAGUGGAUCCAGUGGACCUCAGGCUGUCUGGCCUGGAGGCAUUCUCCUUUGACUACAUGGUCAAGUGGCCGGUCACCUUGGUACUGAACAGAAAGAGCCUCACUAGAUACCAGAUGCUGUUUAGACACUUGUUUUACUGCAAACAUGUAGAAAGACAACUAUGCAACGUGUGGGUGAGCAAUAAGGCUGCCAAGAUGUUCACUCUCCAAAGCACAAGGUGGUAUGCCGCUGCCUUUGCUCUCAGACAACGGAUGCUGAACUUUGUCCAGAACUUCAUGUACUAUAUGAUGUUUGAGGUGGUGGAGCCCAACUGGCAUGACUUUGAGCAGAACAUGAAUGAUGUGACGACUAUAGAUGAUGUCCUGGCAUUUCACAAUGAUUUCCUCAACAGUUGCCUCAAUGACUGCAUGCUCACCAACCCAGACCUACUGAAGAUUGUACAUAAACUGAUGAUGGUCUGUGUUACAUACUGUAACUUCAUGCAGAGAGUAACUAAAACAACUGAUGUAGACCUAGAGAUGUCUAAGUUGAACUUUGAGAGCACCCUGCAGGCAGCACCCACAGCCAAACAGAGGAAACAGGAACCAAGUUUUAAGAAAACAACUGCAAAAGUUGUCUCUGAGCAUGUAGACCAGUUAACUUCAAGUGAGAACUUUGAGAGAACAAUUUCUAAGUUUGACAGUAAUUUUUCCAAGCUUCUUGUGGAACUGCUGGACAAAACUAUGGACUACAGCACAGCAAACUGUGAACACAAACUUAUGAAUAUUUUGUACAGGUUGGAUUUUAAUGGUUUUUAUACAGAGCAGCUUGAGGCAGUUGCACAAGAAAGGUCCAUGAUAGAAGCUGCACCACCAGAGUCUGAACCUGGCAGCUCUCAUAGUCGGCCCAGGUCUGGCAGAAGCACAGCAAGCAGCACAUGAUGGUCAUCUAUAAGGAGUUUAUAUAUUGUGGGCUCUAAAUUAUAUUCAGACAUUAUAAGCAUGGAAACUGUAAUGCUUCACCUGUUGGUAGCAGCCGCAGUUUCUGUACAUCCUGCUUAGUCAUGUUUAAUGCCACACAACGCACCAGGUCCAGCUUUCAACGCUUAAAGCUGGCAUUAAGUGAAAUAAAGAUCUCAAGGCAACACUUUUCUUUGGAUCUCUUCAGUUAUUUUAAUUGAAGUUUGAUAGUUGAACAUUUAAUACAUCUCAUGAUUCAGCAAAUUUAAAUUAUCAGAAAGGUAUCUAACGAACACAAGUAUUUUGAUCAAAAAGAAUAAUUUUAUUCUCCCACAACGCUGCCUUUGUUACUAUUUUUAAAAGCGAUUCUUUACCCCAGUGCGUUUUUCUUUUCUUUUUAUCUGAUCUUUCAAAUAAAUUACGUUACAGUUUG